AUGAUAACGUUGUUGCUGUUGUUGUUGGUUGCAAACGUUACUUUAGCAGAGCAACAAGAUAUUUCGCCAUCCACCACAAAACGAACAUCGGUUAGUGUUGGUUUCACAAAAGCUCUAGAUGUUGGAAUGGCUCAAGUUGCAACAAGUGACAAAUGGCAACAAAUAUUCGAAUCAUUGGGCAUUCCAUUUAAUGUACCAAAAUGUUCUUCAAAAUUUGGAUCGUCAUUCCCUUCCAAUCCAUUUCCUUCAUCUAAAACCCAAUUGAAUAUUUGUUAUGAAGAACCUGCUCAAGUUUGGGCUUCCAUUUUCAAAGGUGCUGGUGAUUUAUUAGUGGAAGUGCUCAACAAACAAUACAGCAUCAAUUUGAAAGCCAAUCAUUUAAUUUUGAAUACUACAGAGCUUGGAUACUUUGAUAGUAUGAAGGCUGGUGUGGAUUCUGGAUUGUGUGACAUUUGUACCUCCAAUAUAAUUAAAACACAAACAAGAGCCGAACAAGUCAACAUGAAUUGUCCAUAUGGUAGCUCUAGUUUAGCAUUCCUUCGUUCCGAACUUGAUCCAUCAAGAUUUAAUACUAGCAAAGAACUCAACAAUACUGAUGCAAUCAUUGUUGUUUAUGGAGGAACCUAUUUUGAAACUGUUGCUAGAACAAUGUUUCCUGCUGCCAAACUAAUUCUAGAACCUGGUGGUUAUGACGCCACUUAUGGAUAUAUCAAGGAUAAACGUGCCCAUGCAACCAUUGCUGAUGCUGUUGAUUUAAGUUAUUGGUUGAAAAACAACAAGAACCAGUGUACAAAUUGUUAUAUUAGAUUCUUUGGAGAUCCAUAUGAGUACGGAAGCGUUACUACUAAAUUGUAUGAUAGUGAAGGAACGAAGAAUGGUUAUUCAAUGUUAAUGCUGUUAUUGUUGGUGCUUUUCUGCUUGUUCAAUAUAUAA